GCGGGGAGCGGGAGCGGAUAUAGUGAACGCGGGGUCCGGGGAGAACGGAUAUAGUGAAUGCGGGGUCCGGGGAGAGCGGAUAUAGUGAAUGCGGGGUCCGGGGAGAGGGAUAUAGUGAAUGCGGGGUCCGGGGAGAGCGGAUAUAGUGAAUGCGGGGUCCGGGGAGAGCGGAUAUAGUGAAUGCGGGGUCCGGGGAGAGCGGAUAUAGUGAAUGCGGGGUCCGGGGAGAGCGGAUAUAGUGAAUGCGGGGUCCGGGG